GUGCCAAGAAAGUGGCUAUGGCAUCACUCGAGUUUGAAGACUACGCCAACACUUGGUGGGAGCAAGUCCUCACCCUUCGCGAAGAAAAGGGUGAACCGCCAAUUGACACUUGGGAAGAUAUGAAGAAGGAGAUGCAUGCUCGUUUUGUCCCAAGGCACUACAUGAAAGACCUCUUCAACAAGCUCCAAAAGUUGAAGCAAGGCACCAAAACCGUUGAGGAGUUCUACAAGGAGAUGGAGCUCACUAUGAUGCGAGCCAACAUCCAAGAAUCCGAGGAGCAAACCAUUGCUCGCUUCUUCAAUGGCCUUACUUAUCCUAUCAAGAGGAUUGUCGAGUUCCAACCUUACUCCAACAUCGUUGAGCUAGUCCACCAAGCAUCGAAGGCCGAGCGCCAAGUGAUUGAGGACAUCAAGUACUCCAAGGCCAAGUCCUAUUUCUCCUCCAAGCUCGCUACAUCGACUCCUCCUACUACAUCAACUCCUUAUGCUACAAGUGCCAAGGCCGAC